CACUCCCCAAGUCCCCAGGUCCCCUCUGAAACGCAGAGCAGUUUCACCCAGAAAAACACGAGGACCACACACCACCCACUCUGCUCGACCCCGGAACAAACCACACCACGUAACUCUCUUUCUCUCGUAUCAAACACACACCCUUUUCUCUCUACCCCAACUCUGUUUUCUUCUGUAUACAAAUUCUCGUGUGACCCUCUUCCCACCACCAAGGGGUAGCUUCGUUUUUGUAUCAUGGCCUGCGUGACCGACGAAAGCUUGGUCGCGCUGCCCAUAAUGCUUUCGGAGCGUUUGUCUCUCAACGAGGAAGAAGUAGAUGAGGAGGAGCCCGGGUUUUUCGGCAACGAGUCCGCCGCGUACCGGUUGGAGAAGGUUUUUCCGGUCUACGCAUUGGGGAUUGUGAAACCCGAGCCUGACCCUGUUGCUGUUGCUGACAGUUCGGGCGACCCGAUUUGGGACGCCGUCAGGGAAGAGGCCAAGUUGGAGGCAGAGAAGGAGCCAAUUUUGAGUAGCUUCUUGUAUGCGAGCAUAUUGGCGCAUGAUUGCUUAGAGCAGGCGUUGGGGUUUGUUCUUGCGAACAGAUUGCAAAACCCGACUCUGUUGGCUACUCAGCUGAUGGAUAUAUUCUCUGAUGUCAUGAUGCAUGACAGAGACAUUCAGCGAUCGGUUCGGCUAGACGUGCAGGCGUUUAAGGAACGUGAUCCGGCUUGUUUGUCUUACUGUUCGGCUCUAUUAUAUCUCAAGGGUUAUCAUGCUCUUCAAGUAUAUCGAGUAGCGCAUUCACUGUGGAGUCAAGGACGCAGAAUAUUGGCCUUGGCAUUACAAAGCCUAGUUAGCGAGGUGUUUGGAGUGGACAUUCACCCUGCUUCAAAAAUUGGAGAGGGUGUAUUGUUGGAUCAUGGUACGGGUGUGGUUAUUGGUGAAACUGCUGUUAUAGGAAACAGAGUUUCAUUGAUGCAGGGUGUGACUUUGGGAGGAACAGGGAAAGAAAUUGGUGACCGUCAUCCAAAAAUAGGUGAAGGUGCACUAAUAGGAGCCAGUGCAACUAUACUUGGGAAUAUAAACAUAGGUCGAGGAGCAAUGGUAGCUGCUUGUUCCCUUGUGCUUAAAGAUGUCCCUGCCCACAGCAUGGUGGCAGGAAUACCAGCAAAGGUGAUUGGAUAUGUAGACGAAAAAGAUCCUUCCUUAACCAUGAAGCACGAUGCUUCCAAAGAAUUUUUUGAAAAUGUAGCUGUUAACUUCAGAGAUGCAAGGUCUUCCGGUGGGCACGCUCCAGAGAGAAGUGAUGAAGGCACUUGAGAGGCAUAGGUAGGGUAGAUCUCCUCUGCUAAAAUUGCUAAUGUGAAGGCAAUUUGUGGUCAUUGGAGAGCAAAAUGACAUACUGUAUCAUAGCUUGUACCUUAAAAUUUCAUUGACCAUUUUCACUGAUCUCCUAUCUCUGCUGAUGUUGAGGUUCUCAUACCAGAUAUUAGGUACAUAUGAGAGUUUGGACUUUGGACUAAGCUCCUGAUAUUCUUCUCUUUUUACCGCCAUAUUAUUGUUUUGGUGAGAUGAUGAAGUAGCCACCCCAGAUCAGAUGAGAAGAUUUAGUUUUACUUUCUGUGUUCUAUAUGUAAUCAAGCUGAACUCCUUCAAUAAAUAGAGUGCAUCCAUGAA